UUCUUUAUACCACAACAUCAUGUACAUUACUAGAGCGAGGAUGAUGCUACCCAAAGCACAUGCCUGCAGCCGUCUUUUGUGCUCCUCCUCUCGUCUGGGUACUAGGAGACGCUACUCGUCUUACAAUACAGCUGUCGCCGGCCUAACUGAAGCGCAAGAAGAGUUCCGAAGUGUCGUUCAACAUUUCGCUCAGAAAGAGAUCGCCCCAAGAGCGGCUGAAAUCGACCGGACCAACAAGCUCCCGCAGGACAUAUUUCCAAAACUCGGCGAAAUGGGCUUGCUCGGCGUGACGGUACCUGAGAGAUGGGGAGGACUAGGGCUGGGCUACUUAGAGCAUACCAUUGCCAUGGAAGAAAUCAGUCGAGCAUCAGCCAGUGUGGCUCUCAGUUACGGGGCACAUUCAAACCUCUUAGUCAAUCAGCUAGUGAGAUGGGGUACUGAGAAGCAAUUGAGCAAGUACCUUCCACCCCUUCUUACUGGCAAGCACAUCGGGUCGUUGGCAAUGUCAGAGCCCAAUGCCGGGUCAGACGUAGUGUCCAUGCGCACCAGUGCAACCAGGAGUGAUGAAGGAGAAGGCUGGAUUAUGAAUGGCAGUAAAUGCUGGAUCACUAAUGCCCCAGUCUCGUCCACCUUCCUCAUUUAUGCCAAGUCAGACACCAAUGUGGCCCCUUCCAAAGGGAUGACUGCUUUUCUGGUGGAGAAAGGCUGGAAAGGAUUUGAAGUGGGCGAAGGCUUGGACAAAUUUGGAAUGCGCGGAUCUCCCACGGCAGAGCUGUUUUUUGACAAUGUCAAGAUCCCAGAAGAAAACGUGCUAGGUAAAGUGGGAAAUGGGGCUUUAGUAUUGAUGUCUGGGCUUGAUCUUGAGCGAUUGGUGUUAAGUGGCGGGCCGUUAGGCAUCAUGCAAGCUGCCCUAGACAUGGCUUUAGAAUAUACUCACGAGCGAAAACAGUUUGGCAAACAGAUAGGAACCUUCCAAUUAAUGCAAGGGAAGCUCGCUGAUAUGUACACCAAGCUGAGUGCCUCUCGUGCGUAUGUAUACGCCGUUGCUCGCGCUUGCGAUGCAGGGAUGAUUUCUCGCAGAGAUUGCGCUGGCGCUAUUCUUUAUUCUUCGGAUAGAGCUGUUGAAGUAGCUAUCGAAGCACAACAAUGUCUGGGAGGCAAUGGUUACAUCAACGACUAUCCCGCGGGUCGUCUUGUACGGGACAGCAGACUAUACACGGUCGGUGCCGGUACGCAAGAAAUUCGGAGGAUGCUGAUUGGAAGAGAGUUCAACGAGGCGUUAAGCGGGUUGUAAUAAAAAGGUCAAGUAGAAUAAAAAUACGUAUCAACCGUUUAUUUAGUGCUUCUUGCCCGCUGCUGAAGGGUGGUGGAGCCGACGCGAGUUGGGGCGGAGCCGUUCUUGCCGCGGAAAUAGCAUCCGCAAUCCGAAUUAAUUGCUAACAAACCAAAUCGACUGUGUAUGUAAUUCAGUUCGGAAUUAAUUAGAAUCUUUCAAAAGGGGAUGAUGUGCUUAUAGGGCUUACUAAUAUGGACUGCAUGUGAUCAGACAUUUUGUUUGAGCAUGUCCAUCCUUGGCCUAUGCAGCUCUUUCGCCA